AUGCUGCAGAAGUCUGUUCUCGAGCUGUCUCGGCGUUUGUCAAUAAAGAGAUUCCCGAGGAAUUUGGGAGCUCAGAGGUUUCACUUGAGUUCUUCGAGAAAGACACCUAAUGGUCUCCCUGGAGCUAAUCCCGUUGGGAAACCAGAUGCGUCGAAAGUGACUCCUCCUCCUCCUCCUCCUGUGGGGAAACCAGAUGGCUCUAAAGGAAGUGCUUCAAAAGUGGUUAUAGGAGGCGCUGCGAUCGCUGGUGCAUUUCUGCUAGCAUACCAGGCUGGGUAUUUGGAUCAGUAUCUGGGGGAUGAGAAGCAGAAAGCUAAUUCUGAUGUUGUCACUGAGAUUCAGGAGGAGGCUCCAGGUGUUGGAGAUUCCGCUGGAAUCAGCUCAUCAAUGGAUGGUAAAGCUGAAACGGAACCUGAAGUUUCUCAUUCUGAAGCUUCCGCGGGGAUGCAGAGUGACAGAGAAGUGCAGCCCGAGUCUGAUGCAACACCUGAACGUUAUACAUAUAUUUCUUCUAAACAAGAAGAGACACCUCAAGAGAGUGCCGUUGAGAAAGCAGAGAAAAGCUUGCCUAUUUCUUCGGAUGAUAACUCGACCUCGGAAGAUUCGAGAACUAAGCCUGACACGUCCCCAGAAGCUACAUCUGAGGGAGAAAUUGUGAGGUUGGAAGGUGUACCAGAACCUGUGGAGAGUGCUGUUGUUAGUGCCCAGUCUGGUUCGGUUCAUAGAGAAAGUGAAAUGGAAUCUGCUUCACCAACUGAAAAGGCACCUGAGGAUGGAAUUGAGCGAGAUGAUGAAAAGCCAGGUUCUCUCCUUAAGGAAUACAAUCUAGAAGGCAAUGGUACUGAAAGCAUUGGAUCCUCAUCAACUGCGGAGCAACUAGCUCAAGAAACUGAGGCUCUUCUUAACUCGUCGGAGGCGAUGAAAGAUGGUUACAUGACUGCGGAUGGAAAGUUGGUACUUGAUUUUCUGGACGCCAUUCAUGCAGCUGAGGAGAGACAGUCGCAUUUAGAAUCCCAAGUUUUUGCUGAAAAGUUACGAGCCUUGAAGGAGAAGUACGAAAGUGAGUUGAGAGAUCUUAGGGCACGUGAAUUAAUGCGUAUAGAGGAGGCGGCAAUAUUGGAUAAGGAGCUAAAAAGAGAAAAAACAAAAGCAGCAGCUGCUAUUAAGUCAAUCCAAGAGAGAAUGGACGAUAAGCUCAAAACAGAAAUUGAACAAAAGGAAACUGAAGCGCAGUUGGCUUUGAGCAAAGCUGAAGAAAUGGCCAAAGCGGAGUUGACUUCGGCAAUUGCUAAAGAAAAGGCAGCACACAUUGAAAGAAUGGCAGAGGCAGAUCUUAAUGGUGCACUUGCGCUGGAUGAUACACUUUCAAAAGGACUGCCAAUCCAAAAAGAAAUCGAUAUGCUUCAGACUUAUCUCGAAGGAAUUGAGAAGGACUCAAUCUUAGACUUGGUGUUAUCAUCUAUUCCAGAAGAAGCACGAUCCAAGGGAACAGAUACAAUACUGCAGCUUAACCAGAAGUUUAGUACCUUAAAAGGCACGCUUAGGCAUUUCAGUCUCAUUCCACAUGGUGGCGGAGGAAUCUUAACACAUUCUUUAGCACAGAUAGCAUCUUGGCUAAAGUUCAAGGAAGUGGACCAAGCUAAUGGAGGCAUUGAAUCUGUAAUCAAAAAGGUUGAUAAUUACCUGGCUGAGGGCAAACUAGCGGAAGCAGCAGCUGCACUUGAAGAAGGUGUUAAAGGAAGUAAAGCUGAGGAAGUAGUCGGUGAUUGGGUGAGACGUGCAAGAAACAGAGCCAUCACAGAACAAGCUUUAACUAUUCUCCAAUCUUAUGCAACUUGUGCCAGCCUCACUUGA